CGGAUUGGCGUCGGCGUGUAAAAUGAGUUUGAAUGAACCGUUGAUAGAUAGAAAAGAAGAUGUUUAUUCUAUUCUUCGAGCUUAUUACGACCAGUUUUCUUCAGCUGGGGGAAAAUUAGAUCUUUUACGUCCUGCAGCUUGCUUUUCCCCUCAGGUCUUUGGAGCUGGGAAGAGUUGUGUUGGUGAAAAUUUUUUAAAGUUUUUAAAAAAAUUCGCCGACGAAGAAGAAGAGCAGACGAAGACAGAGGUUUUCAACAAGAGCUCGUCGGGAAAAGUUGAUUUGAAGAUUUUUUCUUGGAAACACUUUGCGGAAAACACUUUGUCAGUUUGCUUUCAAUUAGAAGAGAGCUUUUCUCGUGCUCCUUUUCCAAGGUUUCUAGAGGCUUUGAUGUAUAAUAU